CUUGAUAAUGUGGCAGCUAAAUGCAAAGAGGCCAGAAGCGAUGCUCAGGUAAUUAACCUUUUCCCUCCCAAAAGGCGUCCAGUCAUCAAAUAAAAACACAUUAACCACUGAAACAUUUCCAACUGCCAUAACAGAGGCUCCCUUAGGGUAAAAUUCCAACAAGCGACAUGGCCUUUAAACAGUGGUGUAAGGCAGACGAAAUGUUGACAAAUAACAUGAAGAUGGUUUGAAGCUGCGACACUCGCAAAUACAAUUAUAAAAUACCGACAGUGACAUGCCCUUCUUUUCAGUGCAGAAAAUGCUGACCCACUUUAAAAUUCAGACCAGGGAUAUUAUAUGUAUACACCCCACCAAGAAGGCUUCUGUACAAGUAGUUCUUAAUGUAGUGAAUUACACAGUAACUCCCGAUAAUUCGAACCUUCUAGCAGGUGUUCUAGGGAAAUCAAUCCACCAUUUGUCUACACAAACUUACUUAGCCCUCGUUAAAAUUCCCCAAUCCUGCUAUUUUAUCCCUAGGAUUCUGGCAUCCCAACCCUAUAAAUAUAGGAAAUCCUGCUCCCACUUGUCAUUGAAUUCCCUCUUCCCGCUCCUGUUUUUAGCUUGCAUCCCAAGUAUCACCACAAAAAAUAGCCAAACCCUGCAUCCCGGCAAACCAACUGUGGACCCUCAGUUAUUGGGAGUUUGAGUUAUACAUGUAUAGACAUGUACUCAAAAAACUUCAUUUGAUUUAUUUUAAUUGGAUUGAUUUAUUUUUUAAGUACUUAGAUAAUUCAUUUGAAUCCCCAGCCAUAAUACUUGAAACAAGAUUACAUCUUUAAGGAGUCUUUUAUGGUUUGUAAUGGAAAGAGUGCGAUGUUUUGUCAGGUUUUACCAGUGCAAGGUGAUUUAGAAAAAGAUGAAGAUAUAAAAGCACUUCUUGAGGCCACAAUAAAACAGUUUGGAAAGCUGGAUAUUUUGGUAAGAACAAUGUUGUUGCAGUUGAUGGCACAAACCCAGCCCUUUAAGUAACUUUCCUUUCAAAUUAUGGUAUAAUGGUUGUAUAAGCGACUAUUACCCAAAAUAUUCAACUGAAUUUGAUGUAAUAUAUGUUAACCAUGUUAUGUACAUCCUGGACACCACAUAUUAAACAGCCAAGAAAAAUAGUUGUCUGAAGAUCGCCCCCUGGGGGGGGGGGGAAUAGUCAGAGAUUGUUAAGUCCCUAGUGGUUUCUUUACAGUGUACUUUCCACAAGAAUCAGAUCAGUGAACGUGCUCUGAUAUGGGACCUGUGGUUAUUUUAAAUUGUCCUUAUUUAAUCACCUAAACCCUAUUUAUCAAAAUUUAAAUUCUGACUCACUUGUUCCCCUCAUGCAUUUCGUUUAAAAGUGUUGGGGAAAAGUUAAUUAGAGACCUUUAGAUUCGAGGACGAGAACGGCUACGAGUACGAGAUUUGACUUGAAUUUUUUUCGCCUAUUCUUCAAAAUAUAGACUUGCCGCAAAGCUAGAUUUUAUCAUAUUUCACAAGAAAAGUUAGCACUGUUACCUUUAGUGUAGGAGGUUUCGCGCUUUCCCCAUCGCAAGAUGAUAAAACCUCUAACAUUUGAUAUCUUGUUUUCGCCACCACGACACUCUCGCUAAAACUCGUAGUAGAAUGACGACGGCUACCACAUUUUCCCGCCAAAAUGACGCUGGUUUACGCGCGUGCACUACUUAGUAUUGAGAAAAUCUCGUACUCGUAGUCGUACUCGUCUUAGAAUCUAAAGCUCUCUAUUGUCUUGUGCAAUCAUGUCCUUAAGUUUCAUCGCCAAUCAGUUGUUUUCCUGCAAGGUUGUGCUCUGAAAAAAAUUGAAGGGGGCCCAGUGCUCUGAACUUGUGAAAUCCAGUGUGCCCAGCUUAUGAUUUCUAUGAAAAAGCUAAGAUUUUCGAGUUGCCCAAGAACAAAAGUUAGGGGCCACAGGCCACCAGGCUCUGCUAGAGCACAGCCUUGUCCUGAAAAGGUUUGAUACUGAUCUGAUUCUUAACCCUUUAAUUAGGGCUUAAAUAGUGAAGAAGGCUAGAAGUUCUAGCAGUUUGCGGACGUGAAACCAGGGGGGCAUCCAGGAUUUUUCUUAGGAGGGGGUGCACCAUGAAGGAAUGGUGUAACUGACUGGUGACUUAAAGAAAUUUUAAUACAGAAUACCAGUUGUAUUAGAAAGCUGCAGUUCAUCUCAGAGGGGCGAGAGGGGGGCGGGGUGCACACUCCCUGCACCCUCCCCCUAGUCAAGAUCCAGCCCUGGAAACAAUGACAGUUUUUAAUUUCACAUCAGAUGAUAUCCAAACACAUCUUAGCAGGGUAUGAUAUCUUCUGUUAAUGUGUUGUGUGACCUUAAUGUUUAAAUGAUUUAUUUUUACAUCUUUAUUUAUAUAAUAUGUGUGCUCCGAUUGGUCGAGGGGCGUGUUUGCAGGAGAGUAUGUGAACAUGGUUGUGACAUCAAGAUGUUUUGCUUUUUGCACACUAAUCACGAAAGCACAAAUUUGAAAACGUUUUUUAGUUGAAAACUCAACAAGUUUACUUUAUUUACCCAUUCCCUCGUUGGCUGAAACUUGGAAAAUCGUUAGAAACAUGCUAUGUCAAUUUGUUUUUGCUUAAGCUGACAUUUUAAGUGAGAAAAAUCCAUAUUUUGGAAAGCAUAUUUUUGCAAAACGAGAACUGGUUAUGCGAGCGAGACUUCGUGUACAAGACUUCGCGACUGGUAAGAAUUUCUCUUUUAAUCAGUGCCAUAACAAAGAAAAAAGUAAUAAAAGCAAUAGAAACUUUUUUUCCUGUAUUUGCAUAGCCUGAUAUAAGCUCUUAAGGGGUUGGGAGAAUUCUCGACAGUUAUGCAAACCCUUGACUUCAUCUCGGGUUUGCAUAACUGUUUUGAAUUCUCCCAACCCCUCUCGUGUUUAUAUCAGGCUAUGCAAACACCGAAAACGUUUUCUAUCACUUAAAUAUUUUCUCCUAUACCACAGGUUAAUAAUGCGGGUAUCGUCGCUAAAGGAACUAUUGAAAGUACAUCCUUGGAAUCAUUUGACAAAGUAAUGCGGAUAAAUACAAGGUGAUAUGUGCAUCAAGUUAAAUUCCUAAAGUAAACUAGUAAAUAGUGUGUUGCAAAAAAUGUGUUUGUGUCCUUGUUGAAACCCGAUGACAAAAUUGAAAUGAGAUAGAGUGUUUUUUUUUUCAGGGGUAAGGGGUUGGUUAUUCUUCAGUGCACAUGUUAAUUUAGCUUUUUGACGAGCCCUCUAACUGGAAAGAGUUUGUUAAUGAUGAUAUUCAGGACCAAAAACUUUUAACCUUAGCUUGAACAUAAUUUGUUAGUCCCUUAACCCUUUGUUGUAUCAAGGUUACAUUAGUGUAGCACUUGACCAUUGCUGUAGCCUGCUGAGGUGACGUGGUUGUUGUAGAGAGGUUGAAAGAAGUAUGAAAUUGUCAAAUUGUGGAAUGACUUUGAGAUAAAGAAAGUAGCCAUUUAAAUAGUCAGAAAAGAGAAUAGUAUUUCAAGUGUUUCUGAGUUCACUUUGGUCGCAAAAUAUGCUUAUGGGAACUGGAAAACCAGUUGGCGUAAGUACUCCAAUGUUUAUAAUAUAGACAGUAUCAUAUUGUUUGUGUUCCGAUUCACAGGGCAGUGUUUUACCUGACAUCCUUAGCUGUACCCUAUCUGACAGAUACAAAAGGUAACACCCUCUCUGUCAUCAGAGAUAGAUACUGA